GCCGGUGAGCUGUGGAUUAUAGAUGAGAGCUCCUGCGGUUCCCAUUGCCGGAUUUUGUCACUUCACCUCUGUGGGCGUAAAAAUCUCAUUGGCGUCUUCUUCUUGAAGAUUGAAGUCGUUUUCGCAUCGCCGGCGAAGAAGGUGGAGAAGGUGCAAUGGUUCAGAUGAAACCAGCCGAGCAAGCUGCGAUCAUCCUCAGAAGCAGGGUGUCCAAUCCUUCUUUUGCAUCCUCCUUUUUCUCUCAAUCUCCCGACUCCAAUUACAGUAAAUUGAAGUACAUAAUAUCAAGUUCGGUAGCUGAGGCAAACAACAAUUCGGUUUUGUUGCUGGGUCCUCGAGGUUGUGGAAGCACUGCGGUAUUGAAUCUCGUUCUUGAGGAAGUACUGAAAGAGUAUCAGGACAUGAUUUCUGUGGUUAAGCUCAAUGGGCUUCUGCAUAGUGACAACAAUUGCGCAUUGAAGGAGAUAGCCAAGCAACUGUGUCUGGAGCAUCAACUACAGUUUUCUAAAACGGCUUCUUUUGAUGAGAAUUCCCAAUUCUUGCUAUCCAUGUUGAGGGAGUGCGGGUUGGCUCAUAAAACUAUUGUUUUUGUGCUAGAUGAGUUUGACCUCUUUGCGCAGGGAAAACAGCGAUUACUUUAUAGUUUGCUCGAUGCAAUGCAAUCUGUUACAUCACAAGCUGUUGUCGUUGGAGUGAGUUGCCGACUGGAUGCUGAUCAACUGUUAGAGAAAAGAGUAAGAUCUCGUUUUUCGCAUAGGAAGCUCUUGUUCCUUCCUCUACCAAGGGAAGAAUUGAAUAGACUUUUAGAGCAUAUUCUACUAUUGCCGGAAGAUUCAAGACUUCCUAAUGAAUAUAUAGCUGCUUUCAAUGCAAAAAUACAUAACACUCUAGCAGAUGAUAAAUUUAGAGAAAUCAUGGAUUUACUGUGUUAUCCUGAUUCGAGUCUUGACCAUUUGCUGAGAUUUUUGUUCUCUGCUUUUUGUCAUAUGGACUUGAAUUCCGGCCUCCUAUCAUUGGAGAACUUCAAAUCAGCACUUUCAAUGAUGCAGAGACAGCCAAAGCUAGAGGCUUUAAAAGACAGAUCCGUCUUAGAGCUUUAUAUAUUAGUUUGCAUGAAGAGGUUGGAAGUUAAAGAAGUGGAGAUGUGCAACUUCAAUACUAUAAUGAAAGAGUACAAAAGCAUACAUGACACAUUCCAAACAUCAGACUAUUAUGCCCGCAACGUAUGCUUAAGGGCUUUUGAGCAUCUCCUUGAAUGUGCACUAAUCUCCUUCGAUGACCACAGAGGGAAUGGGCUAUCUGCUGAGUUCCGCCCAGUGAAGCUUUUAAUAUCAUGGCAUGAACUACACCAAGGAUUGAAAUCCAAUCCCUCCUGUCCGGCAAUCUUGAACAAACUAAUGAAUCGCGAAGGAUGAAUGGCAGGAAAGAAAGAUCCAAUGCAACAACUCAAACUCAGGGCAGCUAAAUGUGUUAAUCACCUAAUCAAUUCCGAGUUCUACUAAAAAAAAUAAUUAUAUUUGUUGAAUAUGUAUGUAUGUAUGUACACUGUUUGAACUACUUGUGAGAGCAUUAAGAUGAAAAUUCUGAAUACAAUGGUAAUGAAUGAAUCUUGUGGCAAUUUCUGGAAAUAAGUUUUGAGCACCAUGUUCAUCUUCACUUGGUGCUUCCACUUUUUGACUGAUUGUUUGUAUAAUAGGUAGAGGUGACAAGACAUCAUGUUGUGAUCAAGACGCACAUUUAGAUUAAUCAGACAAGACUUAGUGAGUGGUUAGUCAGUACAUUCAUGUGGGGACUCUGUAUUGAAUCCAAUCUUAUGUUAUGUAAUGUGAUGUGCUGAUCUGAUCUGAUCUG